AUGUCAGGUAAUUCAUAUCGCCGCUCAGGCGGCUCUUCUCAUCCCAACAGCCAAAAGGGAUCUGGACAUGGCUACUAUGGGCGUCCUUCAAACAAUAACAAUCAAUAUUACCAUAACAAUAGCCAUAUGGAUAGCGGUCAUAAUCAUGAUGCUGCUUAUAGCAAUUACCCACCUCACACGUCGUAUCAGAAUUACCAACGUGGAUAUGAACAUCGAUACAAUGGACACUACGGGCCUCGUCAUAAUUCGUAUAAUACCUACAGUUAUAAUUCGAGAUACCAUAAUGAGCCUGGUUAUCCAACCACCGAACAAAUAAAUAUCCACAUCAAUCCCAACAAUCAACCAGUGAGGAAUCGCAACAUAUCAACCAACGCCACUUUUGAGCCAGCCAGAGAUGAGUCACAAAAACCAGUUGAGAAAUCUAGUAGAGCUUCUCCAUCAACCACACAGCUUUUUUCCAGUAGGAGACGAGAUCCCGGAUUGACCCAAACAAGAGAGGCUGCACCAGUGAACGCUAAAUCAAUAAUGAUCAAAGAGACGACGAAGAAACCCAUUGAUAUCAACAGUUUACAUGCAGUUAAAAAGGCCAAAAAAGAACUACCAGAUAAAGUGGAUUCCAACUUUAAAAUAGACGAAAAACCUGCAGAAGAGUCCACUUCUAUUGAAUUGAAAGAAUACAAGAAUCCAUAUACGCAGCGAUAUAAAGAAGAUUUGUUUAAUGGCGAAAAAACCAAUCCAACUGUCCUCAAGGAAGAAGCACAAUCAGCAGUUGUAAAUUCCUCAAUUAAAUUUGAAAAUGAUGAUGGGGGCCAAAUCAAAAGUAAUCCCGAGGUAAAAACAGAGAAUGAAUUGUAUAGCCCGGAAGAAAUACGCUCAGAGAUUAAAGAUGAUGACAUGUUGCGAGAUGUUUCAAUGAAGGGUAAAGAGGAUGAUAAAAUUGAAACCGUGAAGACACCUGGUGUAAAUAGUCAGUAUAAUAAGGACACAUAUAAUGAAACGAAAAUGUCGAGCCAAGAGUAUAAGGAACAAGUGAAAGAAGAGCCAGAAAAAAAUGGUGACCAGGAAAAAGGAUAUAAUGAAGAACAGAAGCGGAGUAGCAUUGAGAAUGAUAACAAUGGUGAACAUAAAAAUGAAGAUGAAAAUGAAGACGCAGCUGCACAUGAUGAUGAUGAUGAAGACGACGAGAAGGUCAUUAUCCCUGCAAAAAGGAGAGCAGUUUCUGUUGAAGUUCAAUCAAUAAAUGAAGAGUCUGAGGAAGAAACAGAUCAUGAAGAUACUGUUCCAGUUCCUUCCCGUAAAACCAGGAGAUUACAUAGAAUGCUAGAAAAGUCUACUAAUUCGGAUAAUGAAAAAGAGUAUCCAAGUAAUAAAACACAAGGCGAAGUGACGAAACCGGCAGAAAAUUCAAUUCAGUUGCAAAAGACUCGAAAUACUAGUAGAAGUUCGAUCCUGCAUCCUUCACGCUCGCAAUCACCAAAAAUCAGAAAAGCUUCCAAGCCAGAUUCUGCUGGUCGUUCCCUAUUACAGAGAAUGUGCAUCAAGGGAAAUUUGAAAGAAGUCCAACGGUUGAUAGAGCAAGGUUCUCCAGACAUCAAUUCUGCAGAUUUUGCUGGUACUACUCCACUACAUGAAGCUGCGUUAGAAGGGUUUUAUGAGAUUGCCAAAAUUCUACUUGAUCACGGAGCAAAUGUCAAUGCACAGAGCGGUGAUAUGGAUAAAGAUACCCCAUUAAUUGAUGCAGUCUCGAAUUUACAUUAUAAGCUAGUAAAGCUGUUACUGACAAGGGGUGCCAACCCUAGGAUAAAAAAUUCUAAAGGCAUGGAUGCAAUUGCCGUUUUAGAUGAUUUAUUAGAAGAUUUAGAUGAUCAAGAUGCUGAUUAUGAGCCACAAUAUCAUGAUGCCAAAAAAAUUAGAAAACUGUUGGUCCAAUAUGGGAAGAAUUUUGGAGAACCUUCAGUGCCAGUAUCAAACAAAAGGCGCACUAGCUCACCUGCUGACGAAUCUGUAAAUACCUCUAUUGGUUCAGAUUCUUUAGAUGAUAGGAUUCGUGCCAAUGAUGUUACUUAUGUUCUUAAUUAUGUUUCAAGUACCCUUGGUAGCUCUAUUUCAGCGGAGUCUUUAUUAUUGGCAUCCAAACUGGGGUUUCCUGACAUUGCAAGUUUGUUAAUAGCUUUUGGUGCUGAUAUAAAUUACCAGGACAAAAAUGGAUGGACUCCCUUAAUGCACGCUGUGGGUAAAAAUCAUUUUGAAAUGGUUAAGUUAUUACUUUCAAACCAAGCAAAAAUUGAUUUGAGAGACAAAAAAAAUAGAAACGUUUUGGACAUUUUACGAGAACGCAACUUGACAGACUCAGAAGAUUAUGUGUAUAUUUUUAAAAAGUUUGAGGAGAAAGGAUUAGAUAGUUCAUCUUUGAGUAUAACCCAAACAAACAAGAAAACAGAAGCAAACAAAAAGACAGAAAAUGCUAAAACACUUGAAGACCAAAAGACUGAAACACUCAAUAAAGUCGAACACGAGGAAAAGCUUCCUGAAGAUGAGGAAAUUGAGGAACCCAUGAAAAGAAUUGCUGACGAAUUACCUAACAAACCACACAAAAAACAGAAAAAUGAUGAAGGCAAACCAAAACCCUUGCCCUCAGUUACUUUAAUGGCCACCGGUAAAGAUUCUAGUGAUACGGCAGAGGAAAAAGGUCUAUUGAAACCUAAGAAGAAAGAACAAGCUGAAGAAAAAUCGAUUGUUUACAACGAGCCUACUCCUGACGAGGUUGAAGUGAGGAGGCUUAGAGAAAUUGAAUCCCAAAAGGCAAGAGAAGCCCUUGAACAUCAGCGUAAUGAGCGUAAGAAGAUGAUGCAGAGAAAAGUUGCGAUGGAGCUAGAUAAGUUACAACAACAACGUAUUGAGGAGGAAAAGAACAAAGAGAGGGAAAAACUUGAAAGAAAACGCAAGGAAGAGGAGGAGAACCUCAAAAUUGUGAAGGAACAAGAAGAAGCAACUAAGCAACAAGCUAUUAAGGCAGAGGUUGAUAGAAGAAAGUUGAUACGCAGUUAUUAUCCUUACGGGUUGAGACAGGCACAAUUCCAUGGUACUUUGGAGAAAAAUGAGAUUGCAAAGUAUUUACCACUAUAUGUUUUUGAGAUCGAGCACGAGCAGUACGUUGUGGAUUUACAAUUAAACUUGUUAUUUGGCGUAGAGGAUCUCUACACCAAAUUUCCCCAACUAAGUAAACGGAAGGUGAAGUAUGAGGAAAAACAAAGCAUUUGGAACUUUUUAUGGCCUACCAUUGGCUCAUACAAAAAUACCGAAUUAGGUGUCGCAGAGCUAUUGAAAGAGUACAAAUCUGAGUCUGAGAAAUUCAACGUUUUGAUCACCUAUUGGACAAAGUUGCAUGAAGUUGAGGAACUCUUGAAACAUAAGGAGUAUUUCACCCUAAAGGAAUGCUUACACUCUUAUGGAUAUUGCAAAGCUUCUAUAACGCAAAGUAAUGCAGCAGUUUUAAAUGUGUUGGAUGAUAAAACGAGUGAUACAGCUAAUACACGCACAAGUUUAUUGCCAUCUCAACCUGUGUCUGAGGAAACUUCGGACAUGCCCCUUCGAUUCGGCCCUAGGGCGAGAGAGGCACUUUCUGUUAUCCACCGGCAACUCUGGUGA